UGGAUGAAUUGGGAUUUGGAAGGGCUGUACAGGCACUUGGAGAAGGGAAGGGACGAGACAUGAAGGCUUCCCUGGACACAAAGAGAUUCUGAGGGAGAAGACUGAGGCCUGCUGAGCCUGUCCUGGCACUCUGGAGGGUCUGGGAGAGCUCCAGCCCCGCUGCAGCUGAGCCCCCCGGGCAGCCCCAUGGACUCUCCCCACCUCCUGCACUUGGGUUUCCUGCUCCUGGCUCUUGCUGCUCUCUGUCCAAGUAUUGCCAUGCCCACUGUUGGCCCUGCUGAAGGGAGCACAACUGUGACAGUCUACCACUGUAAGGACUACAAGAGCUGCACAUGCAAGUCUAGGGAAAAUAAUUUUAAAAACUUUACAAUAAUCGCUGAAACACAAAACAAGACGUUUUCAGACGUACUAAUUGAGCUGGUGACCAACGAAACACACAUGACUGUUUGCUUUGAGCAAGAAAAUUCCUGUCUUGAAGGAAUUUAUGGCGUCUUCUGGCAGAAAGCUGGGGGAGCAGGACUCUCCUGUGGCAUUCUGAAUUAUGGAGAAAAUGGAAGAGGUAACAUCAAUACUGAGGAGAAGAAUAUUUGCUGUGAAGCAGAGACAAAUAUCUGGAGACACAACCCUACCCUGAGAUGCUACACUCAAAAGUCACAUUCAAAACCCAUCACACUGCCAGUUGAGUCUCCUGGUGAGGGAAUUCUAGGUAAUCCUGAACUUCUCACCAGCAGCAAAAAGACCAGCAUUGGCAUCUUGCUCUCAUUCCUGUUUGUUGGGGUUUGCGCAGGAUGUGCCGCCACGUAUUACUUCCUGUGGCGGCGGCGUGGCCAAGCUCUUAGUCAAUACAGACAGACUUCUAAUGAAGGAAACCUCGAACAUCUUUGAUAACCAUCUGCACGGGAGAAAACCUCUUUGCCAGCAGCAUCCUCCUCCUUUCUUACAACGUCCAGCAACCAGCUGAACACAGACUGAUUUUCCAUGAGAACUCCUGCUCAUGUAUUCACAAAAACUCCCUUUUUCACAAACGUACCUU